AUGAUGUCGAAGAGUCUAUACGAAAACAUACCGGAGAAGCAAAGCAAGAGUGAAAUGCAGCGUAUUCAGUCCGGACAACGAGAAUUUAAAAAUACGUAUGUUCCGCGUGGCCCAGCUGAUGCGACCCCUCCGGCUCCUCUUUGCAAGAGUCGAUUACAACUAUUUGCUCCUGAGCGCAUCAACAACAUCUUUCGUCCUGCGGUCGAUCAGACAGAAUACGCGAAAAGGGUAAUUGCGCGACCUCCGGUGGCGACCAGAAGUGUUAGCAGUAGCAGUGAUUCCUCAUCACGUUUUCAUCGAGAAGAGGUUCAAACUCCACAUGAAGCUGCAUCAGAUUCAAACUCCUCCGAGCGUUCUCAAUGCACAGAGGCAGGCGAAGUGUCAAUGGAAGCACUUCGCUGUCUAGAAAGUCGUCUUCGGCAGCUUGUGAUGUCUAAGGAAGCCCUGACCAGUCCACGUGAUUCCUCAAGCGACUACGACACGGCUUCCGUUUUGCUUACACCGCCUGAAGGCCCAACUAGGCUGUCCACUUCUAGCCGAGAUGGUUCGCCCACUUUACCACAGCGAAAAACAUUUGAUACUCGCCUACCGGUCCUGAAGCUGCUUGAGUCAAAUCGGUAUGGAUCUAAUUUCGACGAGGGCCCCGUCUCUGAAAGCAACUCAUCUGCAUCGCUUCAGGAUUUUACCUACGAUGAGGUUUGUUCAGAGUUUGAGGCAGUAAUUUGUGUUGCAUUAUGUCUUCAACUUAUCGAGCAGGCAGCCGCUGCGGCGGCCGCUUCUGCCGCCGUCGCAUUCCUGAAAUUCCAUAGUCGUCGGAAGACCUCUUCGCUUUAG